AUGAAGACUGGUGGCAAAAAGAAAAAAAACGAUCAAAUCCCCAGGAACGGUAUCCUAGUAUUUUUUUUCCUGCAAACACCUGCAGUAGUAUUUGGUCUGGUCGGCAUUGGCGAGGAGCAGCUACACCUAGUUCUACGCUUGAAUCCUGAUUCCAGGCCCACGACUAGGAAUGGAGCAUAUUACCCUUUCAUCUAUUUUGCUGCAGCAGGCCCACCUUUGGGUGGUGCAUGGAGGAGCGGCACGUCGCUUCCUUCCGCGGACCUGCUGUACCGGGUGCCUGGUCUUCAUGUGUUUGCAUGCAUGAGGUACUGA